AAUAAUUUGUUCAUUAGUUAUAGAAAUAAAUUUAAUUUAAUUACUUUAAUAUGGAAGAUAAACUAAAACGAUACGAGAAAAUCGAAUUUUUGGGUGAAGGGCAGUUUGCUACAGUAUAUAAAGCAAGAGAUUCAAUUAAUGAUGUUAUGGUUGCUGUAAAAAAAAUUAAAAUCGGUAGUCGAGCUGAAGCUAAAGAUGGAAUUAAUCGUACUGCAUUGAGAGAAAUAAAACUUUUGCAAGAGUUAUGCCAUGAAAAUUUAAUUGGUUUACUCGAUGUUUUUGGACAUAAAUCAAAUGUAUCAUUAGUGUUUGAUUUUAUGGAUACGGAUUUAGAAAUUCUAAUUAAAGAUACAACCAUAGUUUUAACACCAGCGAAUAUAAAGGCUUACACAUUAAUGACCGUACAAGGAUUGGAAUAUUUACAUUUAAAUUGGAUAUUGCAUAGAGAUUUAAAACCAAAUAAUUUAUUAAUUAAUUCAAAAGGUGUUCUUAAAAUUGGUGAUUUUGGUUUGGCAAAAUUAUUUGGUUCUCCGAAUCGAAUCAACACGCAUCAAGUUGUUACACGAUGGUAUCGAGCACCUGAACUUCUGUUUGGAAGUCGACAAUAUGGGACGGGAGUUGAUAUGUGGGCUGUUGGUUGUAUUUUAGCAGAACUAUUACUACGAGUUCCAUUCUUGCCUGGUGAAAGUGAUUUAGAUCAAUUGACGCGGAUAUUUCAAGCAUUGGGAACACCUACUCCAGACGAUUGGCCGGGAAUGAAUUGUUUACCAGAUUAUAUACAAUUUAAAUCUUUUCCUGGAACACCGUUGAAGCAUAUAUUUACAGCUGCAGCGGAUGAUUUGUUAGAUGUUUUAUCAACGUUACUGAGUUUGAAUCCGUUGAAUAGGGUUUCGUGUUCGAAAUUGUUACAAAUGCCUUAUUUUAAUAAUAAACCAGCACCUACAAUUGGCAGUAAAUUACCAUUACCAUCUUCAGUUCGAGUACGUGAAGAGGAGAAACCAUCAUUAAAACGUAAAAUACUUGAAGCAGCAGAUGGUGCACCAACAUUGUCUAAACGUCUUAUGUUUUAAAAUAUGAAUAGCAAAUAGAAAAUUGUUUAUCUAUUUAUUUAUAAUUUUCUAGAUAGUAUAAAUUUUUUUAAUUGCAAUUAUAAUUACUUAUAAGUGUAGAGAGAGCCAGCCAGAGUAUUUGAAAUUUGAGAGGCUGUUGUCAAGGUUGUGUCUUGUUGUCAAAACUGUGUUUCACAAGUUUUUCUUCUACAAAAUUCACAUGGUCGGGUAGUUCUCUUUCAAAUUUCAAAUACUUGUACAACGUACAUCUCGUUCUUUAUUUUUAGGGAGCAUUGCUUAAACUACGUGGUCCGGUCAAGAGGGCAACUCAACGUUAGGCGACUGAUGGCAAUGAAGUCAAGUUACACAAUUUUCUUGAUAUAUUGUUUUGACACAAUGAAAAUAAUUUGAAGUUUAAGUUGGGUACUUCUUAACCCCCAACUCUAAAAAUAGGGCUGUAAUAAGUUUGAUCGCAUAACAGUUAAUAUUUUAUUAACGAAGGUGUCAAACCUACACCUUCUUUUUGUUCAAGUUCAGCUGUCUAUAUUCGUUUGAAAAAACGAAUUGUGCUUCGAUUGUUGUAAUAAUUAAAUGGCAACUUCGAAAUGGAAAUUCUGAUGUUUUAUAAUCUUGAUGA